AUGUUGUUUUUAUUUUUACUCAUUCUAAUUUCAAAUUCGUCUGCUGAGCUUUUUUCAUUUAAGAACUUUGUUGAUAAUGAUAAUAAUGUUACGACCGACACGCAAUAUAAACUUCGUGACUUGUAUAAAUAUAAUAAUAGGGGGGAUCCCUUAUGGGUCUUAUCUUUGAGCGGCGAUGAUUGGAUGAACCCAACUUUAAGACUCGGAAGCAGCAAAGAAUUGGACGAUUUUUUUCAAUAUAUUGGACCUUUGAUGAGAAUAACUCGAGGGCGGUUUUCAGCAAGAGUCAAGAAAAACGACCCAAAUAAAGCAAAUUCCAACGAAGACUCACAGCAAGCACCAACGCAGAAAGAUUUUAUGAAAAUGAUCAAUAAGUUCACAUUGUCAUCAAGUGUUGAUCCAGAUGCGUACAUCACUGACAAUAAUCAAGAAUACGACAGCCCUACAAUAACAAUACAUUUUAAAGGCCAGAACUCCGUGCUAUUAGUGUCUUUGGGAAGCAAACAGUGGCACUACAUUAUCAACAGUCGGUCACUACCAGAAUGGUUUUAUGAAACCCACGACACUACUGAAAAUCCUCUGCCUCUACCAGACGAUGUCAAAAUUCAGUUUUUUAAUUCCUUAUGGCGCUUGUUGCAUUUGAUGUUUGGUUUUCCUGCUUAA